CCCAGGUGAGCGGGUGUGCAGCUUGGUCAAGUUGGGAGGUAGUCAGCUUGGCCACGUGCUGUUAUGCUGUGCCAACACUUUCUGUGGGGGACAAGCAAGCUACUGCAACAAAGCCGCACAAUCCAAGUGCUUGGUGUGGGAUCAUUAAGGGGAGUAUUGGGAGAGUUAAGGAGCGGCCCGGAGAGAUCUUGGAGGCGUGAGAGCAGCAGCACGAGCGCCUCUCUCGACCAGACCAGCGCCUUGCUCGACCAGACCAGCUCCUUCCUCGACCAGACCACUGCAGUCAUGUCCACCGACGACGCCAGCAGACCUCACGGUGGACUUACCAAUGGAGUCAACCCUAAGACGCCCUUCUUGAUAGGCGUGGCUGGAGGCACAGCCUCCGGGAAGUCAACAGUAUGUAAGAGAAUUAUGGAGAAGUUAGGUCAGGAUGAUAUAGAACAUUCUCAGCGUCGUGUGGUCUGCAUUUCUCAGGAUGCCUUUUACCGCCCUCUCAAUGCAGAAGAAAGUUCAAGGGCUCUCAAGGGUAUCUUUAAUUUUGAUCAUCCUGAUGCUUUUGACAACGAACUUAUUUUGAAUACACUCCAGCAAAUUCUGGAUGGCAAAAUCUGCAAAAUUCCAAAUUAUGAUUAUGGUACAAACUCAAGAUUGGAGAGCACAACCACUAUAUAUCCUGCAGAUGUGGUGCUGUUUGAAGGUAUUCUCAUGUUCUAUCAACCUGAGAUUCGAAAACUUUUUCACAUGAAGCUCUUCGUUGACUCUGAUGCCGAUACAAGGCUGGCCAGAAGAGUAAUGCGUGACACAAAGGAACGUCAAAGAUCUCUGGAGCUAGUUCUUUCUCAGUACACAAAACUAGUCAAACCAGCAUUUGAAGAGUUUUGUUUACCUACCAAAAAGUUUGCUGAUGUAAUCAUUCCACGAGGAGCAGAAAAUACAGUUGCCAUUGACCUCAUAGUUCAGCACAUUAGAGAUAUUCUCCGCCCUGGACAGGCUAUCGAGGGUCAACUGUUUCAGCGAACCCGACAUAAUUCUGACAAUUUCUUCAAGCGGCCCCAUUAAGAAUCCCAAAGAAUUUAGGAGGUUUUAUUUUGGAUUAUUAUGGGCAGUGGUAUGUCUUGUGACUGUUCACUCCUAUUUAAAAGUUUAUUGACUUUUUGUGAUAGAAUGUGAGUGCUUUAUGAUCAUACAAAUUAAAUAUUUAAAGAAGUUGAAUAGAAAAUGUGACUGAUGGUGUAAAUAUGUCAACACCUUCAUAAUGUUGACAAAUUUGAAAGUCAUGUUCUGUCUCGACUUUAAAUUAUAGUCAUAUCUUAAACAUUUGAGUGAGAUAAUUUAUUUCUUUUGUUCUAAGCAUAUAUAAUAAGUCAGUAACGUAUUUUAUUGGAUAAUGCAUUUUAAUAGGCUGUUGAUGAUGCGAAAAUCAUCAAUAGUCUCUUGUGUGCAGUUACAUAUAUAUUUACAGAAUGUCUGAAGAGUAACAGCACAAUGUCUAAAGUAAAAUAUUGGACCAAUUUUAGUGGAACUUUCACAAUCUCUGGUAACAAAUUGAAGGUUUCAAAUGGAACACUUGAAUAUAUUUUAGCUAUGCCAAUUCAGGGUCAUAUCACCUGUGGUAAAAGUUUACACGAGAAGGCCAAAAUUGGCAUUGGUAAAGUUUUGUAUAUGCAGUUACGAUUAUUGGAUACAAUCUUUGAGACAUGUUUUAAUUAUACAAAUUAAUUUACUCAAACCCAUGCAAAUACAAUAUUUGAAUGUAUACAGAGAAAUGAACCUAGUAAUAAUAUUUUAAAAGUUUGUUGUUAUUUAUACAAUUUAAUUAUAUUAUGUGCCCUACCAAUUGAUCUUGAAGAGUAAUAUAUAAAUAUAAUAGCUGCAAGCAUAUCACAUGAUGCAGGUUGUGGUGAUGGAAACAAAAGACAUGUUGCAAGGAAAAAAAGGUUUUCAUGGGCUUAGACUGUUUUGUAAAGAAAUAUUAGAUUUUCUGAAUCUUAAAAAGGGGUGCAUUUCCAUUUCACUAUAUGUAAAAUAAAUACUGUAAAUGAUUAUGUAUAAUAUACAGUACACACAUUGCUUCCUUGAAAAUCCAGGCCUUCAUAUACAUUAAUGGAUCCAUCUACACAACAGAUCAGAUCUGCCCACUGGAUUUCUCUCCCAAAUUUGUAUUACUGUACUUUGAACAAAAUCUGAAUUCAGGAGGUACAUGGUAAAAUCUGGCUCAACAGUUCACGUAUAUUUUUCAUUAAAUCGUAUCUUCUUUUUUUUUCCAUAUUUUUGCUAAUCUUCCUGUUUUAUUUGUAAAUAUUAUUCCAAAUAGUGCAUUUAUAUUUUAUAAAUGUUUUACAAAGUUGUACUGUACUAUAAAUUUUUCAGAUCAGUUUGAAUGUUGUUGUUUCCAAGGCAUCCAGACCUAUAGUGAAGGCAUGCAUACCGACUAUAUAUUUUCUUUGUGAGAGGUUGAAAUUCUGACCUCAUAUUACUUCUAGUACAGGUACAUCAGGCAAAUGAAAGAGAAACUUUUUUCUCUCACUCCAUGGAUAAGUAGGCCUAGUUAUUAGAGAAAUGUGUUUAUGACUGGAGAGACAGGCAGCUGGCAGAAACGUAUAGCAUUGGCUUAAGUAUUGAUUUCACCUUCCCCCAACCCCCCCAAGAAAAAAUGCAGAUCAUAGAUUCUGUGAGUAAAAUACUGCAGUGGUGGUAAGAGAAGAUAUGUAAAACACUGAAACCUCCAAAAUAUUAGUAUUUGGAUGAUGAUUAUUAGUGGUUUAUGCAGUAUUGUAUCCUUGGGCUGGCUGUUGGUGUUGGACAGUUAGUUUGUAGGUGAAUGUAAUGAACCAUGGGCAACAGAACUUCAAGGCCUCUUAGUUAUCAAGUCCAGCCUGUGCUACAAUAAGGUAAGUGAGCUAAUUUAUUAUUUGUAUUUUUUUUUAUUACUGUAUUAUUAUUUCUGGAAGGGGCCCCCCUCAGUAACUUCCCAACCUAAGCAUUAGUCCAGCCUUGCCUUUAGGAGAUGCACCAAACAUCUGAGAGCCAGGCGAUGAGUCACAAUAACGUGGCUGAAGUAGUUUGACCAGACCACACACUAGAAGGUGAAGGGACGAUGACGUUUUGGUCCAUCCUGGACCAUUCUCAAGUCAAUUGUCUUGUCUUGAGAAUGACUUGAGUCAAGACAAUCUACUUGAGAAUGAUCCAGGACGGACCGAAACGUCGUCGUCCCUUCACCUUCUAGUGUGUGGCCUGGUCAAAUUUGAGAGCCACCACUGCCUGACAAGUAACAGGACCAUCUGGCCCUCUACAAAGCAACGUAAGCUUGGGGAAUCAAAGGAUCAACCCACCAGAAAGCAUAAGCCCAGCAAGACAAACCACAGUUUGUAGAAACAAUCAUUGCUGAGAUUUUAUUUUGCCCCCCUAACCCACCCUUGCUUCUUGUGAGAUUAGGAUUGUUUGUUGUCUGUGCCACAGGGCAACAUUCAUUAUCUCAUCUUUGCUUGUGGGGGCCUUCACCUUGGGAUAAGUUGAGUGUCUUGGGCUUCUGUCUUUCCCUAGCUUGGAGUGUCUUAGCUGGUGGCACACACACUGGUUGCUUCAGGAAGCCCAUUGUGGGCUCCCUGACAAUAACAAGCCUAGUUGGUAUGAACACACACUAGCUGCCUGUCCCCAACACAAUGAAUUAUAAAUGUCAUUGUUCCCUGUGCCUCUUGUGAGUGGGGCCAGGUUCUGACUGGUCCCUGGAAGGCUAUAGCUUUCCACAACUGGUGGAACCUAGUAGUAUGACACACUCAAAUUUUGUAACAGUGAUUUCUGUGCGAGCCACUGGAGUCUCACCCAGACAUUGAUGUUUCAUUACAUUCAGCACUGGCUUUUAAGUUUUUACACAUAAUCCAUUAGCUUUAUAAGUGUUAACAGUUUAAUUAAACUUUGGUCAUCUAUAGAUGGUAAAGGUAACACACUAUAACCUGACUGCUCUGUGCUGCCCUCUACGAGAUGAAACAUAAUAUCAUGAUUUAAAAGCAACGAGCAAAAACAGUAAUAUAUGUCCUGCUGUAAAGUAAGUUAUUAUUAAGAAAAUCUGGGAAAUAAUCAAUUGAUAAUAGUAAAAAUUAGCUAUGGAGUUACUGAAUUAAUUUGUGAAUGUCUUGUGCAUACAGAUAAUUAAAGUAAACAUUCUUUUGCAGCAAGAUAUAAUAACUUCAAAAAAAUCUUGGUUUAGGCUGUAUUAUAUUUAAUUGCUGUCCAUUGAUUUAUUUGAUAUAUGGUGUUGCAACACCUGGAUUGUUUAUAUAUUUUGUUUUCAAAAUAUGCAAUGAUUUUCGUGAUUUUUUAAAGGUGCAUACAUCAUUCUCAAUCACUAAAGGAUUUCUUAAAAGUAUUGUAAAUAAUAUUUGAAAUCUUCAAACAUAUUUAAAAAUCAAAAUGUCUAUAAAUUUUUAUAUAUACCUGCUAAUGUGUGAAGAUUUUGUGACCAUAUGUAAAUAUGAUAUUUUUAGUGUGUGCUAUUUAUCAUGUACUGUACAGGUAUGUUACUUUAAGUGAAGUAUCGUACCUUAUAUCACUUAAUGCUAUGGAGGUUCCUUGUCCCAUGAUUAUGUCAUAUUUACUUAUCAGUGUCAGUCACGAAUGCUCAUUCUCUAUUAUGCAAUAAUCAUCAGUAAAUAUACUCCAGGAAUAUCUUUGUAACAGGGAAAAUUAUUUCAUCAUUGAAAUGUGAAGUUUGGUUUUUAUUGCUCCAUGUUGUAAAUUAUAGGUGUUUAUUUUAUUUGUAAUAAAGGUUUGACAAAAAUGAACUUAGAGAUUGUAGCCAUGUUGAUUAGUGAUGGCUCUUGCAAAAUCCUUGGUGUGGUGCUAGUUAGAUUUAUCUACAAAAUCCUCAGUGCUUCAUCUUAUAACAAACCUAUCGUAUUUUUUUGUACUUGCAUCCCUCGGUAGCUCCUUCUAGCUUCCCCUUCACUGUAAUCACUACGUGUUUUAAGUGGUGAUAAUCACAGCAUAAUCCCCCUAAUGGUAUGGGGAGGAGGGCUUAUGGGGAUCAAAGAUCAACCUACUUUAGAGAUGAACUGUCCAAAUAAUGGAAAAUCACAAAGCUCUUGAUCUUCUUGCAAAAAUGUAUUGAAAACGGCUUAUUAUUGAAUUCGUUUUUGAACCUGUAAUCUCUACAACUCUGCUGGUGUUGUGUUGUGACUAUGGCACACUUUGGCCUGAGACCUAUCAUCUCUCAUAGAGGUCCCCCACUUAACACUAUCGGUGGUCUGGCGGGCGACCCGCCGGGCACUUCAAGGUAGUUCACGCGGUGCGCGUGAACUCACCACCACCCACAAAUGUUUAUACUCUUUUUCUGCUUUCUGACCUUAAUUUUCAUGAUUGUGGUUCAUUGGGAGUAUAAAGCUCAUCACUGUUUAACUCCCUAAUUGUGCAUCUUAACCACUGUACUGUGCAGAGGUCCCUAAGGCAUUCUGAGAGUUGAGUUUUUUAAUUAGGCUAUAUUUUAAUGUCUGGACUAAUUGGUACUUUUAGAUGUCCUAAUAACUAAAAAUCCAAAUAAUCAAAUAAAAGAUAGCCAAAGUUAUUAUUUAUUGCAAUAUUUUUAUUUUGGUAUAUAUUUUAACAUGCAUAAUAAAAAUAAAUGUAAUGUAUUAAUAUGCAGUAUUGGUUGGAAAACAUUAAAAUUUUUGCAUUGGUACAAAUAAAUCUUGCCCGAGAAUUAACUGAUAAUGGGGCAGGCAAACUGGAAAUUCUUGUUUGGAUAAUUGGAUGAUAUAUAAUAUUAUCCUGUCUGGAUAACUUAAUAUGUAAUAUUAUAAGAAAAAUUAACAACUCAUUCCACUAGUGAAACUCUUUGUAUGUCAAUACACCACAGAAAAUAUAAGAAACUUAAUUAAGAAAUAAAAAAAAAAGGAAUAGGCAAGGAUAUUGGCAUUUAGCACCCAACCCCUUCACUCCUUGGCACGUAAAUGUGGUCAGCCAACAAAAUCUUUAGCCUACUCAUCCUCCAUUAAAAAUCACUUUGGUUUUUGUAUACAAUGUGCGCGAGUUCUUAUUCUCUCCCCAUAUCAGGGGUACCAUAUCACCGGAAGAUCUCACUUAUUCUUUUGAUGGCUUUUCUGUUGACCUGAGCUUUUGGAUAUUCUAGUGUCUUACUUUUUUCUUAACCAUAACAUGCAAACCUAUGCUGAAACUACUUGAACUAUCAGUAAUUGAGUGACUGGAAUUUCUACCAAGCUGAUGAAAUUUUAGUUUGUGGCUAUAGUGUACUGUAUAAUAUAGUUGUGUGAAGACAGGUGGGCUGUAUAACUUUACUGAUUUGCUAGUUUAUUUUGAUAAUAAUUACUUCUCAUAAGCUCAUGCUUUG